AUCGAAAGGAGGAUACACCAAUCAUAAGGCGAAUUCAUAUCAAAUGACCAAUGAGAGCGAAGAGAGGGCGGGCUCGAGGCAGCCGCGCCCCGCCCCGCGGUGCGCAGCCUCCCGUCAGCCGAGGUGGGUCGGUGCCGCUGCAAGGGGCGGUGGUCGCCGGCGCUGAGGGAUGCCGGCUGCGGCUUGUGGCGGAGGAGAGCUGGCGCAGGCCGGGGUGGGACAGUGCGACUUGGCGUAGGGAAAGCCGGGGCUCGUUGUUGCCCUGUGUUGGGAGCGCUGAGGAAAGAGCCCUGAGGAGGGGCCCGGCGUGGCGUUCAGGAAGAAGAGAGCUGUGCUCUUGGAAGAUGAAGAUUCUCUGGGGAAUUCAUGCUAAUGCACUGGCAUAUUCUAUGACUACCUUAGGUGCUGGAAUGAUGAACAGCAUUUUUAAUUUCUACUACGUUAAGCUCUUCCUAAACCAAUACAAAAUUUCAGAAACAGGAUUUCAUGUAGCACAGGUCGUGUUCAUGGUCUGGAACGCCAUCAACGAUCCCCUUUUCGGCUACUUUCAAGACAACUCGCGGCUGAAGUGCUGCGCCAGGCGCCAGUUCUCCAUCUUGUACGGAGCCCCUCUGUACGGCCUGGCCUUCCUGCUGCCGUGGUUCCCCUGGAGGCACUACCAGGAGGGCGACUGGCUCUGCGGCCUGCACCUCGCCGUCGCGCUCUGCGCCUUCGACGGCCUGCUGACCUUCGUGCUGCUGGCGCAGUGCGCGCUCUUCGCCGAGAGCUGCAGCAGGCACGACAGCAGGCUCAGGCUCAUCCAGUACAGCCAGGUGGCCACGCUGCUGGGCUCCAGCAGCGUUCUGUUCUGCGGGCUGGUUUCGGAUAAUAUGGAAAAUUUUGCUUAUUUUCAGGCGUUCGCUGUUCUGGUCGCAGCGCUGGCCACAGCGUGUAUGUGUUGUACAGGUAAAUACAGCACAAGUCAGUAUGAGCAGAGGGAUGUUCAUACAGAAGAUGCUAAUCUGGAAAACAGUGAUGGAGCUUUCUCCCUGGCCUCAGUAGUUUCAUUGACCAAACAGAUCAUGACAGAGAAGAACUUCCUGUGUUUUGUAACAAUGAACUUCUUUCAAGUCUUCCACCUAGCCUUCUACAACAAUUUUAUGAUGAUCUUUGCGGAUAAUCUUAUUCCUAAGGAUGUCCUUUCUUCCUCAGUAAGAAGUAUCAUGUAUGGAGCAGGUUUUAUUUGUCCUCAGUGCCUUGUUCUUCUCAGUCAUGCUUCGUUGAAGAAGUUUGGUUAUUACAGAAUCAUCUUGUUUUCCUUUUACUAUGAAGGAGUAGCUGCUGCUGUCAUGUGUCUUCUAGGGCAAGAACACUAUUAUCUGCUGGCAUUUUAUGUCACAACAAACAUGGUAAUUGUGCAAGCUUCAUUUAGCUUGUUCAAUUUGCCUUUGGCAGAUAUUGUUGAUGCAGAUUUAAUAAAGCACAAGAGGAGAUUGCCACUUUCCUCUAUGGUUUUUGGUACCAAUGCUUUAUUUACCAAGCCUGCCCAAUCUUUGGCUCCAAUGGUUGUGGUUACAAUACUAAAUCAUUAUGGAUAUUAUAACCUGAAUAAUGUACCUGGUCGUCCUGAUAUAAGCAGGUCAUUUUUAGAUCUGCAUGAUGCCAUGUUCUACCUGGUCUGUCUGGUUCCCCUCUGCAUUGCAGUCCUACAGAUCCUGACCUGGACUCCCUUUUCCAUCCAGAGCAGCCACCUGGCAGCUCCACAGUGAAUGUGGAGCCAGUGGUCAGUGCAUCUCCUGCUGAACCACAAGAGAGUUCAGGAAGUUUUUCAUGUGAGAAAGCAAAAUUGCAAGGGUGAAACACAGUUUGAGCUGUUUCAUUCAGUCUCUAUAGACUGUGACUCACAUUCAGCCUUAAUGCUGAGCCUACACAAGUUUUUCCUAGUUCAGUUGCUUUCUGUUAAUGGUUUUUUUCCUUAAUUACUUUAUUUAAAGUAAUUUCUGGUAUAUAUGAUUCCUGUUAACUCAUUUGAAGAAAGGAUAUGGCAGAUCAGGGAAAGGGAUCCCCACCCAGCACCUGGAAUUCAAGGGAACUGUAUUUUUUCAGGCCUACUGGUGGAUUAAUUUUGCCAUACUGAUGAAAUGACAGAUCUCUGAAGGUAAUCUGGAAGAUCCCAGUGGACAUCCCUCAUGAAUGGCAGGGAGAUAAAAAUUUAGAUGCUGUCUAGCUGGCCAGUAUCAAGACAGAUCUGACAGCUACCGAGGGAAGAUCCAAGAGAAAUUAACUACUCUGUGAAAGUCUGUGUAAGGCUAAAGAAGAAAAGGAUUCAGGUGCUGUUCAGUGUUGCUCAGUAUGGGAAAAGCUCAGUAAGUCCUCACUGGCUUUCAGAAUCUCUGGUUGGUGGAAGGUCAGUGCAGUUUUUUGGCUUUAAAUGGGAAAAUAAUUUUGAAGGUAUCCUAAAGCUAGUGCCUCAUACAGAAUGUCAUCGUGGCAAGGACUGCAUUAGUCUGUGGAUAUAGGGUUCAGCUCUGGAACAAAUGCAGGCACACACAGUUACUGAACCAAGCUCUGCCUGUUCACUGCUGUUACUUUGGUUACCUCAUUUGGUGUGUGACUAUUUAAAUUAAUUUCUGAAUCAUCAAGUUGAAGUUAGUUAAUUUCUGAUUAAUUCUUAUCAGUUAAGAUUUUAAAUGAAUCCUGUGAUUUUUAUAAAAUAAAGGGGUUUUGACCAAAAUUUAGAAA